AUGGAACUGAUGAAGCAAAGAUUGAAAGAACUCCACGAACAAGAAUUUUCAGAAGUGGACAUUGAUCUCUCCAUGAAAGAACUUGGAAUGGAAAGGGCAAAGCUUCAUGGAUGGCCAAACACAUAUGUUUUCACCAAAUCAAUGGGAGAGAUGCUUCUUGGUAACAAUAAAGAGAAUCUUCCUCUUGUCAUCAGUCGUCCCACGAUGAUCACCAGCACUAUUUCCGAGCCAUUUCCUGGUUGGAUCGAAGGUCUACGAACCGUAGACAGCGUGAUUGUUGCAUACGGAAAGGGCGUGCUCAAGUGUUUUCUUGUCGAUGUAAACUCGGUCUGCGAUAUGAUACCAGUGGAUAUGGUGGCAAACGCAAUGAUCACGGCUGCAGCUAUUCAUGCUGGAUGUUCAGGGGUUCACAUGGUGUACCAUGUUGGUUCAUCGCACCAAAACCCGGUGACAUUUGGAGAUCUUCAUGAAAUUAUGGUUCGUUACUUCACCGAAAACCCUUUGCGUAGUCGCAAUGGCUCGCUCAUAACCGUCUCAAAAGUGAGGCUCAUAUCAACUAUGCGUCUGUUCAGCCUCUACAUGACUCUACGUUUCAAACUACCUCUACAGGUUAUAGUGUUUUGA